UACACAAAAAUGAUGCAUCUGCACAUCAAAUAGGUCAUGAAGUUUCCAGUGCUAGAAGUAAAAAUGUCAAUUGACAAUACAAUUGGCCUCUAAAUGCAAAGCUAACACUCAGUGCUUCACCGAGUGCCUUGAACUUCAAAUGUGUAAAGGUCAUGUCUGUUUUGCAGAAUUGAAAAAAAUAUAGUGAUGAGACUUGAGAGUCAUAAUGUGUUGAAGUAAAAUAGUACUAAAAAGUACUAAAUACUAAAAGUAGCCUAAUUCAUUGUUUUUAUUGCUCGUUUUUACAGGAAUGUUAUUUGCCCUAUACUGAAUUCUUAAGGAAAGUUUAUUUUGAUGGAGAUUAUUUUUGGCUGAGAAUACAGAAUCUUAAAACAGAAUGCACACUAUAAUUUACUCAAAGGUUAGAUGCUUGAAUGUAUUCGCUUCACAUCUUGUUCAUUUUUCACAAUACAUAUAGUUUCAAAGGGGCUUUACAGUUUCAUUGAAACAUUUGGCCCUAAUAAACUGGGAAUCUAAGCGGUCGGUGUUUGAUAUUUUCUCAUACAUAGAGAGUAGUUUAAUAUUUACUUUAAUUUAAAUCAUUUAAAUAAUGUUGUCCUUACAGUGUGUUGCAUAAUUUUGACAGAGGGGGCUUUCUUUCUGCUGACUUGCACACUGAUCAGCACAGGAAAUCUUCAAGACCUCAGGUUAAGUGCCAACAUCUCUAAGUGCUUUGUAACCACCUCUAAACCCAGUGCAUGAUAAAAAAUUAAAGCGCAAAACAGGAACCACAUCAAUAGGCAGUCCUUUCCAAACCAAUUUUUUUUUUUUAAAUCCUAAUAAUACAACGGGUGUACACAUGCAUACAGAUAUCAUGAGUAAAAUAUAAACUAGAAUUUUUUUAAGGAAUCUGAAACUAGAAAUAGUAUAACUACAACUAAAACACUGGAGGUAACCUCUUCAUUCGCCUGCCCUAAGAUGUAAUUACAUUUACUGUUGUUUUUCGUGGGAGAACUUGACUUACAUUUAAGCAAAAGAUUUCCUCACUCAUUUCGCAACAAGUUCAGGCUGGCCACAUUCGCAAUGUUAACCAACAGAAACCUGCUCGGUUGGAAAGCAACUUUACUGUGAGCUGUUUCAUACCUCGCAACACACGUUUUUCCCUCAAAAUUUCCUGCUACUGCACCUUUACGUGUCCAUUUCAUUUAUUUCUCAUUUCUUUGUGACAGAAAGCCACAAAUGUAAUCCUAUAUUGAAUAUUUAUAUCCUGUCUUGUAUAUCUUCGAUUAGUGUAAAACAUAUGUGGUACCCCUGUAAAGGAAACCACAACAGCUCUAAAGAUUUCUCAAAAAAGCUCUGGACCUUUCACAUUCUUGUUCUUCGUUGAAUUACAAAAAUAAAUCCUACUAAGCAACUACAUCAUUUUCUCACUUCUUUUUUUAGCUGCAUGCAUGCUGGUUUUCUCAUAGUCUUGCUAAGAGGAACUGAUUUUGCAUUUAUGAGAGAACUGAUGAAACAUUAUUUAUUCUCAUGACAAAAGAUCCCAUGACAAACAUUUGCCAUUCACAUACUCACAUCAACUGCUGAGGAAAGCUUUUUCAAGAUUUUAAAAAGUAACUAUAGUCAUGGACCAAUUAGCAAUGGCAAGCAGCACAGAGAUGGCACUCUCUGAUGUUAAAACGAGCUCCACAACCGAUGACUAUACUCAUGCUUUUUCAGUGAACUCCACAGAUGACUACGACUACUUUACCCCUGACGAGAAUGAUUCGAUAUCGCUGCCCAUGUCCAAUAUCUACAUUCCUGUGCUGUACUUCAUCAUGUUCCUCACUGGCUUCUUGGGAAAUCUGUUUGUUAUUUUGGUCAUCGGCAAACGGCGCAAGAAAUAUGGACGGCUUGUGGACACCUUUGUGAUUAAUCUGGCAUUAGCCGACCUUGUGUUUGUCUUCACGCUGCCUUUGUGGGCGGUUUCGGCCCAUUCUGGUGAGUGGCCCUUUGGCGAGACCUUGUGCAAGAUCAGCAGCUUCAUCAUUGCGGUCAACCGCUUUUCAAACAUCUUCUUCCUCACGUGCAUGAGUGUAGACCGAUACCUGGCUGUGGUGCGUCUCAUGGACUCUAAGUUUCUGCGGAGCAGUAACUGUGCUCAGAUCACCUGUGGCGUCGUGUGGAUCAUUUCUUUCUUCCUGGGAAUUCCAUCGUUGGUGUACCGUCAGCUGAAAGAUGAGACCGUGUGUUGGGAGGAUCCGAAAUCCCCUACUGUCCAAGGAAUUAAUCUUCUGACCAUAUUUUUAACCUUCCUGCUCCCAGUACUGAUUCUCGGCCUCUGUUAUGGGUCAAUUUUGGUUAACCUGCGGCGUCACAGUCACACCGCAGCAAACUCUCGUGCAGAAGCCAGAAGACGGCAUUCAGUUAAAAUCGUGUUCGCCAUAAUUCUGGCCUUUCUGGUAUCCUGGCUUCCCUUCAAUUUAUUCAAGACCAUCCAGGUCAUCGAAAUGAUGAGCACAGGAAAUCUUAGUGGGGAAACAAAAGUGAUUGUACUUAAUGGACUGACACUGUCCUCCUGCCUGGCCUUUCUUAACAGUUGUGUAAAUCCAGCCAUCUACUUGUUUUUGGAUCAGCAUUUCCGGCGAAGAGCUUCAAUCAUGUGUCUGAGCUGCCUGGGUCAAGGAGACGUGCAACAGACUUACAUCUCCUCUAAUUCUCUCUCUAAUGGCACAUCUGAGUCUUAUUCUGCAAAUACAUCAACCCGUGGACGGCUUUUCUCAUUUACUAUAAAGGAAUGAAACCUGCUUUUCUGUUUGCUGUUUUAAGAAUGCGCUCUCUCUUUAUCAGUGAAACGGUCAUAUAAAGCUUACAUUAAGAUCUUCAGUUUUAAGCAUUUGCUAAAAUGAGAUAUUAAUGAAUAAUUUAGAGCAUUUAAAGUGAACAUUUUUUAGCAAUGUUCUAUUCAUUUCUAUAUUUAAUUUCCCACAUUUAUUAUGCAAACAUCACGUAGUGUAAAAGAUUCAUUUUGUUAUGUACACAUUUUAACAGUAUUCAGUAAUUUAUAAAGCAUUAUUAAUGUACUUGGUCAUUGUGUAGCAAUUUAGUGACACUUGUGAAUAUUCAGACUUUAUUAUGUUCGUACUCUUCUAGCAACUUUAAAACAAAUGCUUUCCUUUUUAUAUUUACUUGUGUAUAACAGUGUAAUAAAAUAUUGUGAAUA